CCAUUCAGCCCCCCUCCCUCUGGUCAACAACACAAGCUGCACAGAAAAGCAAAAUGGCCGAUAGUAAACGAACCGACCUCACAGCGCUUUGCAACCACCAAGAGGUUGUGCAUGUGUAGUUUACAGCGAAAACUACAUUCGUACGAAAGGAUAUACGUUAACUGAAUUUCUCGAUUGUUAACAUUUCGCCUUUUGGUGAUGUUAUUUCUUAUUUGGUUUAGCCUUGAACUACCGUUAGAUUGCUAAACUAGCUUUAGCUAAAUAGGUCUGCAAGAAUUUCUCAAAGUACUUUAUGUUUGAUUCCUGAGAUAGGAGAAUCAGGAAAGGGAACAGCAGUUCAUGGAAGACAAGAAAAAGAAGAAAGAGGAUAAAAAGAAAAGGGAAGCUUCCCAGAAGGUGACUGAACAAAAAGUCAAAGUGCCAGAAUCAACCAAGGCCAGCUCCACGCAGUCACUAGCCACUCCUGGCUCUGUGUCUCCCAGCCCUGGCCCCACUCCACCACCGUCCCCCUGCCCUGCAGCUGGGUUCGCUGUUCCUCCGGGUGGGAACAAUGCAAACCGGGCGGCUGUGGCCAACGGACAGCCCCCCACCGGAACUCAGCGCUAUAUGCCCAGAGAGGUGCCCCCAAGAUUCCGCUACCAGCAGGACCACAAAGUGCUUCUGAAGAGGGGCCAGCCACCACUGUCCUGCAUGCUGCUGGGGGGAGGCAGCGGUAGGGGAGACGCACCCCCUCUUUCACAGGGAGAUGCCCCCAAUGCAACCACAUCUGGAUCCACAGAUCCCAAUCUGGGUUCACCUUCACCUUCUCCUUCACCCCCUCACUCCUCACCCUCAUCUUCAGUCGCUGCUUCUUCAACUUAUGCAAAUUCCACAUGGGGGUUGGGCUCUGGCAGCCAGCCCCCUUCUCAGGGCUGGGAGAAGGUGAUAGUGGAUGGGAGUGACCUUGAAGAGUGGCCCAGCAUUGUGGGUGGGGAUAGAGUGGGUACCGAGGGAGCAGAGCUGGAUGUCCCCAACAACAGCAGUGCCUCACGGACUGACAAAUGCACCCAACAGCAUCUGAGGACAGGAGGAGCAAGAGCUGGGAGUUCAGACAGUCCCUCCCCACCCCACUCUUCCCCCUCGUCACUCACUGAAUGUGUCCUGUCUGGUGUCGUGUGGGGCUCUUCCAGUCAGCCUGGAAUUGGAGUGGCCGCAGCAGCAACAGCAGAGGGGCCAGUGCUCAACAAUUCCAAAGUCUCCUUUCUUCCUGGGACUCAGGAGAGCCCUCUUAGUGUGAACAGUGGGAUUCCUGGUGCCAACUUCAACCCUAAUGCCAACCCUUCAGCCUGGCCUGCCCUUGUGCAGGAUGGAACGACAGGGGUUGGUGCAGCUACCACCGAAGCUGUGCCCUCAUCCAUCACAACAUCCUUCUCUGCCAGUACCACCCAUACUCAUCCACUCUCCUCUGUGAAUCAAGCUAGCCAUCAGCACCAACUCCAUGAAAUGCCUGCCAGGGAUGGAGAACAUCUCCAUGGGGACUGGGGGGGCUUGGGGCCGGAGCUUGGAGAAGGACCAAAUCAAGGAGGCAGAGACCUUGUGGACAGUGAGGUUGUUGGAGGGAGCGAGCAUCUCUCUGCCUCGUCAUCCUCCUCCACAACCUCUUCCUCUUCAUGGAGAGCCUUGCCUCCCCCCUCUAACCUCAACACAGGUGCCUCUAAGACUGACGGGUGGAACAGAGUAGGGGGAGAUGCAGCUCAGGGGGAGGAGGCAAAUGUGUGGGGCUUCGGCAGCCAAGGUGAGAAAGCUGGGUUGGCAGGAGAUGAGGAAUGGGUCAGGGGAAAUGAUGUUAGCUCAAAUACCCCAGUGGUAUCUCAGGGAGCAUGGGAUGGGGCUACAGAGGAGGGUUGGGGCGGUACACAGGGAUCGACAGAUGUCAGGGGUUCCAGCAACCCAGCAAUAGGAAGUAGCGGUGGAGGCGAGAGUAGCAGCAGCAGUGGAGGUAGCGGUGGUGGUGGUGGCGGCAUAUCCCAGGAUUCUGCCUCACCAACAUUUGCUACUAUGACAACAGCUUGGGACAAUCAGAAAGGGGUUGAUGCUAUGGGGGAAUGGGCAGGUCAAGGUGGCAGAGGAAGUGGAGACCCCUCAUCCUCCAGUGGAGGAGGGUCCAGGGCUGGGAGUCACAAUCGGCACCAGGAGCAUUCCCGCCACCGCUCCAGCAACCCACCCCCCAACCCUGAAGUGGCCUUACAGAGCGUGCUCAGCCGGUCGGACCUGGAUCCCAGGGUGCUGUCCAACACCGGAUGGGGGCAGAUCCAGGUACAGCAGAAUGUGGCCUGGGACCUGGAUACAGGAGCAGCCAGUCAAAAUGAGGGAAGCAGUUCCCCUGCUUUUCCAUCUCAGGCUGUUAAUUCUACUGGUCGGGCAUCUACUUACCCCGCAAGCAACAGCACAAUGACUACUGAUCCAUCUGCUGGGGCCCAUAUGCCUACUACGAACACUGGUCCUGGCCCUGUAUCUUCAAAGGGCGGCUGGGAUGACGAGUCAAAUUGUGCUCCACCAUCCAACAUGCGGAAUUCUACUGCCUCCAGGAUGCCAGUGGAAGAUAUUGAUGGCAGCCAGGGAAAGACGAGUGGAGCCUGGGGCGACGUCAGUACUUCAGAGAGCCAUGGCAAAGGCUGGGGCAGUGAGGAGCAGGAGGGAAGAGACCGCAGAGGGGGCGGAGGAAGUAACUGGAGAGAUUUCGGAGAACAGGGUGGCGGAAGAGGGAGUGGCUGGGGAGGUGGUCAGGAGGAGAAGGGGACUGCAGGGGGUUGGAAAGAGAUGGGUAGGGAGGGAGGUGGAUGGGGACAAAAAGGGGGAGGCAACUGGGCGCAGCGUGAACCCAAGACAGGCAAUGGAGGCUGGGGGGAAGGGAGGGGCAGAGGUGGAGGCAACACGGACAAAGGAUCUUGGGGUAACAUAGAUGAGGGAGGCCAACAGAGGAGUUGGGGAAGUGGAGGUGACAUGGGCGGCAAACCGCACCAGGACUGGUGCGUGAAGCCGCAUUCACCACAGAUACCAAACAGCCAAGCGGCAACACUGAAAUCCCCAAAUCAACAGCAACACCAAUCACAGACCCAACAGCCACCAGGAGGCUUGGGCAGGUCAGGAGGUCCUCCCACCCAGAAUCAGAACCAAAACUCGGGCUGGACUGCUGGCCCCAUCCCUCAGAUCCCUGUUGGGCCUGCUGAGGCCCCUGAGCUCAGCGGGUGGGAGGAGCCCUCCCCUCAGUCCAUCAGCCGCAAGAUGGAGAUUGACGAUGGCACUUCAGCCUGGGGCGAUCCCACCUGCUACAACAGCAAGAAUGUGAACCUGUGGGAUAAAAACAGUGCCCCCUCUGGUCAGCCACCGCCUCUUCAAGGCAAAACUCAACAGGGUCCACCGACAUCCGUACAACAGCCACCACCAAGGAGACAGCCUGCGAUCCCAGCUAACCGGGACUCAAACCCUGGCAAUGCACCUGGAUUGGGCCCAGGUAUGUGGGGAGGGGGUGGCAACCUCAUUGGACAAUCUGUGGAUAAUGGCACUGCUUCCUGGGGGCAGACUUCUGAUCCACCAUCUGGCUGGGGAGACCCAGAUAACUCAAGCAAAACUGCUGGUUGGGGAAACCCCUCAUCUAAAUCUGGUUCAAAGUCAGUGCAAGAGAGCUGGGGCAAAGGAGAGGGCCCAGUUCCAGCCUCUCGACACUCCAGUUGGGAUGAGGAGGAGGACGUUGGUGGAGUUUGGAACAGCACAGGCUCACAGACCAGCAGCAACUACAACUCUGGUGGCUGGGGGCAAGGCCCUGGGGGAAAAAGAGGCAACAUCAAGGGUGGAGGUGGAGACAACUGGAUGAACCCAAUGACACGACAAUUCCAAAAUAUGGGACWCAUGGGCGAGGACUUGAGUCUUGAUAAAAAGUUGGAAGGAGAUAAGAGAGGGAUGAACGACUACAGCGGUGAAAUGCGGAGAGGAGGAAGAGGUGGCGGAGGCUACCGUAUGCCCAGUUCCAAAGACAUGGGGCCUGGAGACAUGGGGCCUUACAGUGACAAGAUGGGUGGUCAUGGUUUAUUUAGUGGCAGCGGUGGUAUGCCUCAGUCUCGGGGAAUGCGCCAGCCUGGGAUGCAUCCCAUGAACCCCCCCCAAGGGUUACGCGGACAAGUCCCUCAUCAAUUCUUGUCUGCGCAGGUGCCGGGUCCCAUGCUAAAGCAGAUACCCUCUCCUGGCAGCAGUGUUGGAGGAGUAGGUGUUGGAGGAGUCGGAGGAGGGGUGUUCCCACCUCAGCUCUCACCACAGCAACUUGCCGUGCUUAGUAACAUUUACCCUCAUGUGCAGCAAUUCCACCUGGCUUGUCAGCUCCUUCUGCAGCAGCAGCAACAGCAGCAGCUCCUGCAGAACCAGAGGAAGUUGCCCCAGCCUAUACGCCAGCAGACUGAUCCACAGCAGCUGGCUAGAAUCAUGGCUAUUCUGCAACAACAGAGACAGCAACAACAGGGAGUGGUAGGUGGAGGCAGUGGGAGCUCCAAACUGUCCCCAUCUCUUGGAGGGGCACCAAAACAGCCGAUGGCAGACUCGAUCCCCCACCCUGGUAUGGGUGGCCCCUUGUCAGAUCUUCAUGCCAAAACACAGGGGAUGUACUCUGGUCUUGCUCCCGGAGGCAAUCUGUCUGGGCUGGAGCUGGGCUCCAUGGUGGGGGGGGUGAAGGAUGGAGGAGGGCAGCAGUCCCGCUUCAAAUGGAUGAUGGAGGGUCACUCUCCGGCCCCCUCUCCCCCAGAUACAGCCCAUCACAAGAAUGGUCCUUUACCCAUGGCCAUGAAAGUUCGAGAGGGCUCCCCAUAUUCACAGUAUGAGUUGCUCGGGGUUGAUGGUUUGGGAAUGCCCCCUCAGGGCCCUUCUGACAACUGGCACCGUACCCCUGGAAGCAAGAUGGGCACCAUGACUGGGACAUCCAGCUGGCCCCCAGAGUUCCAGCCUGGAGUGCCCUGGAAAGGCAUCCAGAGUGCCGACCCGGAGUCGGACCCGUACAUGACCCCUGGCAGUGUGCUGGGCUCCCAUGGACCCUCUAGCCUCAGUGACUCUGACCACCAGUUACUUCGAGACAAUGCAGGGCCAAACCCCUCCCUCAACACCUUGCUGCCUUCACCAGGUGCCUGGCCCUAUAGUGCCUCAGACAACCCCCUUGGCAAUGCACACAGCACAGCAAAGUACUCGGAGUACAAACCCAGCUGGCCCCCAGAGCCCAUCGGACACAAUAAGCCGUGGAAGACCAGUCGCGUCAGUUCCCAGCUGCCACGCCCCCCUCCUGGACUGACCAGUCAGAAACAGGCCUCGACAUCUCUAUGGGGCAGCGGAGCCCCGCGUUUGACCAGGGGCUGGGGAGAGGGUGGGGGCAGUCAAGAUUCAAGAUUUGGGACAGGCUCAGCGUGGAAUGAUGGUGUGGCCUCCAGAGGCAGCUGCUGGCUACUGCUCAGCAAUCUCACCCCUCAGAUUGACGGUUCCACACUACGGACUAUCUGUAUGCAGCACGGCCCCCUGCUGACCUUUCACCUCGGCCUGACCCAGGGCAGCGCCCUGAUUCGUUACAGCACACGUCAGGAAGCAGCCAAGGCUCAGGGUGCACUGCACAUGUGUGUUCUGGGGAACACCACAAUCCUGGCGGAGUUUGUGAGUGAGGAGGAAGUGGCUCGCUAUUUUGCACAUUCCCAGGUUGGAGGUGCGGAGGGGGCCAGCCCAGGGGCAGGGGCGGCCCAGGGCUCGUCAGGAACGCACACAGCGGUGGGCAACAGCGGAGGGGGCUCCCUGGGGAGUGAACGAGCAGCAAUAGGAGCAGGAAACAAUUUGGGUGGAAACAGCGGUGGAGGUGUUCUGGGUAGUGUGGGGCCUUCCAGCUCCGGCUGGCAAAGUUUGGAUGGUACGGGCAGCUCUCCGGAGGCCACCUCAGCCCAAGGUCCUGGGCUUGGUAUUUUUGCUCAGUGGAGCGCCAACGGGGCUGGGAAGGGGGUAGGGGGUGGGGUGGGACGGGUAGAGGCAGGGAGGUCUGGGCUCUGGGGUGGUGUGACCCCAGGUUACUCCAGCAGCAGCUUGUGGGGUGCACCCCAAAUGGAGGACAGGCACCAAAUGGGCAGCCCAGCUGCCCUGUUGCCUGGUGACCUGCUGGGAGGAGGGGCUGACUCCAUCUGACACACCUUCACAUAAGUAUAUAUUUAGACACACGACAUACACUGGGAAACACACAUACAUUUAUAAAUUACUAAAUAUAAUCACGUAAACACACACACAUACAUAUAUAAAUUACUAAAUAUAACCACGUAAACACACAAGCAGAAAUGUGAGACAUGCUUACACACAUUCUCAUGGCCAGACUUAAGCUAUUAUAUAAACAAAUGCAGGGACUGUUAGACGUGUAAGGCCUUUUUCCACAGAUGAAGAUUUCAACUGCUAGACUUGAACCUGAAAAAUUAGUCUGUCGGUCUGAGAGACUGGCUGGAUUGCAUUGUGCUUAGUAGGUGAUUUGAUGACAGACUUGCAUACACAUGCACACACCAAAUACAAACUAGCCUUCGGACAGAUGGGCACUGUAACAGCAUUACUCGCGUCAUAUAGGAAAACUAUGUGAUGCAGGACAACCUGCAGUUUCCAUUCAUGCCCCUUAUGGAGACUGAAUCAAAACACGUGCAAACACACUGCUCUGAUUGAUGACAACUGUAUCUUAUUGUGUAUGUUAGUUUCUGUUUUGUAUGGUUGUUUUUAUUUUGAACAGUGGAAUACUGAAAUGUAAUUGUUCCUUUCAAAUGCUGACCUCCUACUGUUGUUUCUCUCAAUCACGUUUGUUACUGUUACUAUGAUAAUUGUUGAAACUCUGGCAGUAUGAGGCAACAUUGCAUUUCUCAGAGAGUGGGAUACUGUGUGUGGAAUACUCAGUGUGGGUAUGAGUGAGAAUGAGACCAAGUAAUAAACCCCUGUGUGUGAAUGUGAGGAUAAUGUAGUGUGCAUGUUACUGCCUGUCAUGAUUAGUGUGCGAGGCUGCUUACUGAAGGUCUAAAAAUAUGUUUUGAGUGCAUUCGGUAUACUGCUGACUGUGUUCAAGAACAUUGGCACUAAUGCUUAGUCUUUUUUUUCUCAUUUUAAGAAUAUUUUUUUUGCAGACUGUCUUUUUUAUUGUCCGAACUGCAAUAAUAAAAAUAACAAUUUUAAUGAUACUAAGAGCUGAAGGCAUAUGUAUUGAGAAAAAGGACAUGCCAAAUCUUAUCAAACUGUGGAGUGGUGGGGGGUUGUUUACAAGACACAGAAAAGAGUUACCGUGCGUUUAUAUGUUUUGUUGUGUAUCGUUUUAAAUUAAGACAGGCUUUAACACUCCUGUUCAGUGUUUCGUUUUGAGAUUUUACAAAGAAAUUUAUUUAAACAAAGAGAACAAGAUUACUAAUAAAGAUGAAAGUAUUGGCUU